AUGAAGGAGCAGAAGAUCAGUAUUAUGACUUUGCAGGAAACCCACCUGUCAGACACUUACACAAAAGAAGUUUUAGCCUUGCAUGGAAAACAGCUAAGCAUACACUUCUCCUCUGAUGAGCAGAACCCCACAGGGAAAUCAGGGGUAGCAAUAGUCCUAAAUAAAGAUCUCGUCAAAACUGAGGAUGUGGUGACAACGAACUUACUGCCGGGAAGAGCACUGCUAGUACAAGCCCCCUGGCAUGGAGGGGCAACUUUCCACUGGCUUGCGAUCUAUGUGCCAAACAGGGAAAAUGAAAAUAAAGAAAUGUGGGAAGACCUGACGAGGAUAUGGGAUGAACAACGUCUCCCAAACAUAGACGGCAUGAGUGGAGACUUCAACUUCGUGGAAGAUGCCAUUGAUAGACUCCCAGUCCACGAAGACACCUGUGUGACGAUUGAAGCUUUCAAAACUUUCUGUGCAUGUCUAGGGCUAAAAGACGGAUGGAGGAGGACAAACCCAGAUAGAAAGGAUUACACUUACACACAGAUGUCCGGGAAUUUCUCCAGAUCGCGAAUUGAUAGAAUCUAUGUUUUGGAAAAUGCUUUUAAGAACUCUGUCUAUGUUCGAAUGGCCCAUCCGAAGGCCUCACAUGUUGGCAAGGGAAGGUGGUCAAUGCCGCUGCACUUGUUGAACAACAAGAAGAUGGCCAAAGAUAUGAGGUCUUCUGCAAGCAAUAGAAACGAUGGGGAGAACCCGCAAACAGUCUAUGCUAGAGGGAAGAAAGAGAUAAUUACAGUUCUGCAACACUAUGCUGGCUGCAGUAUACCAAUCAAAAAAGCGAAGAUGGAGAGCCUCCGGGCUGAGCUCGACAUGAUGCUGCAGGACGACACCAUUCCGGAAGACGACCGUCUCCUCUUGGCAGCUCUGAUCCAACAAAGGAUACAGCAAAUUCAGGGAGAAAUAAGUAACAACAGACGCACCAUGGGACUAGUCAAGGCCAGACUUGAGAUGGAGACUAUCAGCAAGUAUUGGCUGCGAGCCAGAAACCCAAGGAAACCCUGA